AUGCCGUAUAACAUUGCCAUGGUCAGUGACUUUUUUUCCCUCAAUCAGCCUUUGCUAAUUUGGAUUCAAGGUGGAAUCGAAAGUCACAUCUAUCAGCUAUCGUCGAAACUUAUCGACCGUGGGCAUAAAGUCAUCAUCAUCACACAUGCCUACAAAGACCGAACAGGAGUUCGCUAUUUGACCAAUGGCCUGAAGAUCUACCACGUUCCUUUCUUCGUCAUUUACCGAGAAACAACCUUUCCGACUGUGUUCUCAUUCUUCCCCAUCUUCCGCAACAUCGUCAUUCGCGAACAGAUUGAAAUUGUGCACGGCCAUGCCAGUCUCAGUAGCUUCUGUGGAGAAGCCAUCCUCCACGCGCGUACGAUGGGCCUACGAACAGUCUUUACCGAUCACUCACUAUUUGGCUUUGCGGAUGCUGCGUCAAUCUUGACAAAUAAGCUGCUCAAAUUUACUUUGAGUGAUGUGGACCAUGCGAUCUGUGUCAGCCAUACUUGUAAGGAGAACACUGUGCUUCGAGCAUCUUUGGACCCUCUCAUGGUCUCGGUGAUUCCAAACGCGGUAGUAGCUGAGAACUUUCGCCCAUUGUCAAACGAUUCUCGAGCAGCGGACCAGGGUGCCAUGUCCCCAAUCGAUCAACGGCCACAACCUGCACCAAUUGGCCCGGACGAUACCAUCACCAUUGUGGUCAUUUCACGGCUUUUUUACAACAAGGGAACCGACUUGCUCAUUGCCGCGAUACCUCGUAUCUUGGCAUUGAACCCUAACACGCGGUUCAUCAUUGCUGGUUCUGGACCUAAGGCUAUCGACUUGGAGCAAAUGCUGGAACGCAAUGUUCUGCAAGACAAGGUUGAGAUGCUGGGUUCGGUUCGUCAUGAAGAAGUUCGAGACGUCAUGGUGCGUGGACAUAUCUACCUGCAUCCCAGCUUGACAGAGGCGUUCGGCACGGUGAUUGUUGAAGCUGCCAGUUGCGGUCUCUAUGUGGUCUGUACGCGGGUCGGCGGCAUUCCUGAAGUGUUGCCGCAGCACAUGACCACCUUUGCCAAGCCCGAAGAAGACGAUCUUGUGGUUGCCACCAGCAAGGCUAUUGCUGCUUUACGUUCAAACAAGGUCCGAACCGAUCGUUUCCACGAUCAGGUGAAGAUGAUGUAUUCGUGGAGAGAUGUCGCUGAACGAACGGAGAGAGUCUAUAAGGGCAUUACCGGCGAUAUCAGCCCCGAGGAGUUCUAUGGUUACUACCCCGGUCAAGGCUGGGAGGUCAGCGGGGAUCGAGUGCGCAGUUUUGCCCUCAUUGAUCGACUGAAGCGAUAUUACGGCUGUGGUGUCUGGGCCGGCAAGCUGUUUUGCUUUUGUGUUGUCAUUGACUUUCUCAUCUACGUGUUUCUUGAGAUGUGGUUUCCGCGCGCCAAUAUCGAUAUUGCUCGCAGCUGGCCGAGAAAGCCCCCAGCGGACAAAUCCCACUCAUCAAACGGGGGGCGCAGGGAUCAAUGA